ACUUGCGGAAUUUGCCGCAUUUUGCAGUCUUAUUGGUUCCUGUAAAUUGUCUAAAAUAGUUUGUUUAAAAUGAAAUCACCAAUAUUAUAUGUAAUUAAAAGAGAUGGGCGUAAAGAAGAUAUACACAGCGAUAAAAUCAAUUCUCGUGUUGAGAAACUCUGCUAUGGCCUCAAUAUGGAUUUCGUGGAUCCGGUGGCCAUCACGUCAAAGGUUAUAAAUGGCUUGUAUUGUGGGGUCACCACCCAAGAGCUUGAUAACUUGGCUGCUGAAAUAGCGGCAAGUCUUACAACACAACAUGCCGACUAUGCAACGUUGGCUGCUCGCAUAGCUAUAUCAAAUUUGCAUAAAAAUACUAAAAAAGUAUUUUCCGAUGUUAUAAGUGCGCUCUAUUUCCACGUGAGCGACGAAACGGGAUUACCAACUCCUAUAAUAUCGGACUUUCAUUAUAAUGUCGUAAAGCAGAAUGCUGAUUGCUUAAACUCUGCCAUUAUUUAUGCCCGCGAUUUUGGUUAUAAUUAUUUUGGUUUUAAAACGCUUGAACGUUCCUAUUUGCUAAAAUUGAACGGCAAAAUUGUUGAGCGACCACAGCAUAUGUUAAUGCGUGUUGCCAUCGGUAUACAUGGCGAAGACAUCGAUGCAGCAAUCGAAACUUACAACUUGCUUUCCGAACGUUAUUUUACACAUGCUUCUCCAACGCUUUUCGCUGCUGCCACUAAGCAGCCGCAAUUGUCAUCAUGCUUUCUACUGACCAUGGUGGACGAUUCCAUUGAUGGUAUUUUCACAUCUGCACAUCAAUGUGCAUUGAUUUCCAAAUCUGCUGGCGGUAUUGGUCUGAACGUACAUUGCAUACGUGCAAAAGGCACUGCAAUUGUGGGUACAAAUAGCACAUCAAAUGGUUUGGUGCCUAUGUUGCGAGUGUUCAAUAAUAUAGCACGCUAUGUGGAUCAAGGGUGCGGUAAACGGCCCGGCGCCUUUGCCAUCUACCUCGAACCAUGGCAUGCUGAUAUUUUCGAAUUUUUGGAAUUGAAGAAAAACACUGGUAAAGAAGAGCAUCGCGCCAGAGAUUUGUUCUAUGCCUUGUGGAUUCCUGAUCUAUUUAUGAAACGUGUAGAAGCCGAUGAAGACUGGUCGCUAAUGUGUCCACACAAGUGUCCCGGUUUACAUGAAGUAUGGGGUGAAGAGUUCGAAAAGUUAUAUCUGAAAUAUGAACAGGAAGGACGUGCCAAUAAGAAAAUAAAAGCACAAAGUCUUUGGUUUAGCAUUAUUGAAUCGCAAGUGGAGACCGGCACACCAUACAUGUUGUAUAAAGAUGCUUGUAAUCGAAAGAGUAAUCAACAGAAUGUUGGCACAAUUAAAUGUAGUAAUUUAUGUACCGAAAUUGUGGAAUAUUCGGCACCCGAUGAGGUAGCUGUGUGCAACUUGGCUUCGAUCGCCUUGAAUAUAUUUGUCACACCCGAGAAAACGUAUGACUUUAAGCGCCUCAAAGAAGUCACAAAGACCGUUACACGUAAUCUGAAUAAAAUCAUAGACAUUAAUCAUUAUCCCUUGCCGGAGGCAAGGAAAUCGAAUUUCAGACAUCGUCCCAUUGGUAUUGGCAUACAAGGUUUUGCCGACGCUUUAAUUCUAAUGCGUUACCCAUACGAAAGUGAAGAAGCAUUCCGUUUGAAUCAGCAAAUAUUCGAAACUAUUUACUAUGGCGCCUUGGAAGCCAGUUGCGAAUUAGCUGAAAACUAUGGCACCUAUGAAACGUAUAAAGGUUCACCCGUUAGUAAGGGUAUUCUACAGUAUGACAUGUGGGAUAAAACACCAACUGAUCUUUGGAAUUGGACCGAAUUGAAGGAGAAAAUAAAGCAACAUGGUGUCCGCAACUCUUUGCUGCUUGCGCCCAUGCCAACUGCUUCAACAGCACAAAUUAUGGGCAACAAUGAGUCAUUUGAACCGUACACUUCCAAUAUUUAUACACGUCGUGUGCUUUCGGGUGAAUUUCAAGUUGUAAAUCAUCACUUGUUACGCGAUCUAACCGAGUUGGGUUUGUGGGAUGAUGAUAUGAAGAAUAAUAUUAUAACCAGUCGCGGAUCCAUACAAAAUAUUGAAUGCAUACCACAGCACAUACGCGAUCUAUACAAAACAGUUUGGGAGAUUUCCGUGAAAACAUCGAUCAAAAUGGCUGCAGAUCGUGGUGCAUUCAUCGAUCAGAGUCAGUCGUUCAACAUACACGUGGCUGAGCCCAACUAUGGUAAGCUCACUUCUAUACAUUUCUACGGCUGGAAGGCAGGUCUCAAGACUGGCAUGUAUUAUUUGCGUACGAAACCAGCUGCAAAUGCUAUACAAUUUACUGUGGAUAAAGGCCGCAAGGAGACGAAUGGUGAAAUUAAAACUCAGCCUUUGGUAGAUGAAGUUGGUUCACCAAAUCGCAGCCGAAAUCUGGCGGAUAUGGUUUGCUCACUGGAAAGCAAAGAUGCCUGUAUGUCGUGCGGCUCAUAAAUUAUUUGAAAUAAAAAUUUAGUGUUAAGUGUAAGUUAUUAAAUAGCAGUUUUUUGCUUUGUGUAAGAGGU